AAAUAUCCAGAUGUUAUUAACACUUUAACAGUUCUCCAGUGACACCAUCCCGAGGAAAAGGUUAGAAAUGAUAUCCCAAAAGUUACACGUCCUGUCGGCAGUGCUGUAUCUCAUGACUGCAGUCACCGGAGGCCAAGCACAGUGUCAGGCAGGUGAAGUUCUAGUGGUAACUGACGUCACGUGUGAUGGUGGCAAUUUUGAAAAUUGCCUGGGAGACGGGGGCUCGGAAACUCCCGGGACUGCUAUAAGUAUUGAACCUAUUUCCGUGUCCGUCGCCGAUGAUGCAUGCAAUUACGGCAUUACACCCUCAGGCCAAGUCGAGGCGUUUAGUAACCUCAGAGGCAUAUGCGUGGCAAAAGUGAGGAGCUGUGUGGCAGAUCAGACGGGUGGCGGCGGAAAUGAAGGUGAAAAUAACGCUGUCUGUCAGGCUGGCGAGAGAGAAGUGAUGACGCCUGCCACCUGCGUCAUUGAUCCAGAUGAGCUGUUUGGACUUUGUCUGGGAGAAGGAAACUCCGAACUGCCCGGGACUAUUCGAAGCUUUGAGCCCAUUAUCGCAGACAACAACACGUGUUACUACCAGGUUGUGUCUCCCACACAACUUGUUAGCAGUGCUGACGACAAACUGCUAUGCGCUGUAAAUGUGACGAGCUGUGUUAUAGACGUGACAGGUGGAACCAGCGGUAGCAGCAAUAGCAGCGACGACGAGGACGAUGAUGAAGAUGACGUCGAUGAUGACGAUGACAGCAGCGAAUCUCGUUAAUAACCAUGCACAAUUUCUUGGUAUUACAUACCUUCUCCUCUUGUCUAUACUUUCAACGUUCAAGUCUUUUGACAUAUUACAGCUAUACAUUUCUACCCUCUGUAGUUUACAUGUGUACUAUCUACCUGUCACGCUGCCGAAACUUCCUUUCUUUCAGUAAAGUCUACUUGCAACACA